CGUACCUUCAUUUCAGAGUGAUUAUGUUAUGUUUCCCCAGACCCGUUUCUAAAUCUCGGCAUUCAUUAAUGUGAAGCUGACGUUGAUCGGCGGGAAUCAUGACUUCAGCGGAGAACAACAGGCACUGGGAGGAAUGCAUGGAGUUUGCUGUUCAAACAGCGCGUAGAGCUGGUCAGGUGAUCCGGGAGGCGGUGAAGCUUGACAAGUGCGUGACGACGAAGAGCUCGGCUGUGGACCUGGUGACCGAGACGGACCAGCAGGUGGAGGAGCUCAUUAUCUCCACUCUCAGGGACAGGUACCCUUCCCACAGGUUCAUUGGUGAGGAGUCUUCUGCAGCUGGAGAGAGAUGCUUCCUGACAGACAGCCCUACCUGGAUCAUCGACCCCAUUGAUGGGACCUGCAAUUUUGUGCACAGUUUCCCAAUGGUGGCAGUAAGCAUUGGUUUUGCUGUGAAAAAAGAGCUUGAAUUUGGUGUCAUUUACCAUUGCUUCGAAGAGACCUUAUACACUGCUAGGAAAGGCCAUGGGGCAUUUUGCAAUGGCCUAAGGCUUCAGGUAUCAAAGGAGAAAGAUGUAUCCAAGGCCCUGAUUUUAACUGAGAUUGGUGCAAAAAGAGAUCCCGAGACACUGAAGAUUUUUUUAGGAAACAUGGAGAAACUUCUUAAAGCACAUGCCCACGGUAUUCGUGUGAUUGGCAGUGCCACCCUGGCUCUGUGCCAGGUGGCGACAGGCGCAGCGGACGCCUACUACCAGUUCGGGCUUCACUGCUGGGACAUCGCGGCGGCGGCUGUCAUCAUCAGGGAGGCCGGUGGCGUUGUGAUGGACACCUCAGGGGGGCCACUGGACCUCAUGUCCCGCAGAGUGAUUGCUGCAGGAACACCAGAGAUGGCCGAUUACAUCGUCCAGCAGCUUCAUUCAAUAAGCUACGAGCGAGAUGAUCACGAUACAGACUGCAUUUCCACCAGCUGCUGACUCCAGGCCUGAGCGCUGAUGGAGAGGUCAGGUCUCCUUCAUCAGCAUCAGCAUUGCUGUCUUAAUUAUUUUCACUCAUUUAUUAAAAAUGGUCUGUAGAUCCUAAUAGAGCCCUACAAGACAUAGGUAGAAUAUUGCUGUGCAGAUCUUAUGUAGUUGUACUACUUCCCUGGAGAUGAGAGGCUAGAAAUGUGGUAUCAUUUUAUAAGAGGACAGAAGACUGCAUCACUGUCUGUGCAAUGAUGACAGCCCUUGAUCUUUGCACUCCUGUCCAAUAACUUUACUUUCUGCUCAUCCUUUACCGUACACGUUAUUUCACAAACUCUGCUUCUUUAAUGUUUAUUCACAAAGUAGCAGUGUUUUUUUAUUAAUUAUGCAGAUAAAUGUUUCAUGAAGAACAAAAAUGAAUCGUAUCCCGGUAGUGUUGCAUUUGGAACAACAGUUUUUUUAAAUGUUCUCUGGAGGUCUCACUGUAACCACGUUUUCUAUUUUAUAUUGUACUGUAGAAAGAUGAGUAAAGGUUUGGUAUUUAGAACAGAUGGGAUGUUUGUCCUUCAAAAUGUGCAUUUUCGUGCUGAUCUGUUUACUGUAGAUUUGAUGUUAUUAUAUAGCCGGUGCGAAACACCAGAAUUGUUUUAGUGUGAAUUAAAACGCGGCAGGAUAAAAAAAAAAAAGAUCAAUGCGAACCUUAUUACUUCAGUUAGAUCUUUUCUUUGUAACUUUGGUUAUUUCAAGUCUGCUUGCAGGCUGAGGGUAGCAUACCUUUCUAAAUAUUUUAGAACAGACCUUUUUAACUGGUUUAUGAUAGCAGUGAAGCACUGAGAAUCUGGUGAUAUGUGUGUGUUACACUGGUCAUGUAGCAGUUAAACCUUUCUAAUCCUACUUUGAUAUCACAAUCUUGCCAUACUGCUUUACAUGUUCCUGUGUAUCUCAGAAAGCACAAAGUUGUGCCUUAAUAAACACUUCUUUAACUCUCUUCA